AUGGCUUUUGCCUUCGGAAGCGAAGUCUACCACCCGGCGUUCGCUAAUCGCAACACGCCCAAAGUCUCCUACGGCCUUCGCUUCCCCGAAGCAUGUGCAAAACACUGCCGAAACCAUCUCCAUAUCUUGAUUAUAUGUUCAAAGUCACUAUCAACCAAUACUGACGCAUUGGAACGACUACGCUCAGCCCUCGGCGAUCGAGUCGCUGGUGUGCGAAUCGGUAUCAGCCCACACACCCCAAUAGCCGAGGUCGCAGACACAGUCCAAGAAUACAAGGACAAGAACAUCGACUGCAUCGUGACGCUCGGGGCCGGCAGCCUUACUGACGCAGCCAAGAUUGUGCGCCUGGCGCUGGCCAAUGGGGCAAGCACGGAGGAAGACAUCGGGACGCUCUGGGGAACUCAAGAAUCCAACCCAGUCCGGCGGCAGCAUAUUCAGAAGCCAUCCAUUCCUCUCUUCCAUAUACCCACCUCGCUAUCCGGAGGAGAGUACCAGGCGAUUGCCGGGGGAACAGAAUCCGUGAGCAAGGCCAAACGAACAUUUCGAUGUGAGGGUGUUGAUCCGGAGCUCGUCAUCCAAGACCCAGAGCUGUGUCUCACGACACCUCAAUGGGUGUGGCUCAGCACAGGCAUCCGAGCUGUCGACCAUUGUGUGGAGACACUUUGCUCGCUCCAGUCCAACACAGAGGGCGAUGAGUGGGCUGCCCGGGGCCUGCCAAAGCUGAUCAACGGCCUUCUUCUGAGCAAGUCCGAUCCUGCCUCGCUGGAUGCUCGUAGACUGUGCCACGAUGGGGUUGUAGAGGCCAUGUGUGCCGUAUCGCAAGGCGUGCCUCUUGGCGCUAGUCAUGCCAUCGGGCACCAGCUUGGGCCUUUGGGCGUGGGACAUGGAGAGACCAGCUGCAUUCUGCUCCCGGCUGUUUGCAAGUACAACCUGGCCCACAAGGCCAACGUUGAGCGGCAGCAGUUUGUGAAGCACCUGCUUCUUCAACAGAAGGCAGUCGACGAGCUACUCAGGGCAGGGGGACUCGAUAACAGCAAAGUUGAUUUGGGAGAUGUGAUUUAUUUAGUUGUCGCGGCCUUGGAGAUGCCGCAGUCGCUUGAUGAUGUGGGAGUUGGCCACAGUAAACUAGAUCUCUUGGCAAGAAAUAGCCUGGAUGAUAUCUGGAUACGGACAAAUGCUGUGUCUAUUACCGAAAUGGCUCAAGUUAUGGAUAUUCUUAGGAUGUGCGCUUCGAAGAAGUGA